AACUACGGUGGCCGUGCCGUGCGGAGUCGACCGGGCUAGGCGGCGGGGCGCGGGCCGGGCCGCGCCGGCCGCCAUGGGCAACCUGUUCGGCCGUAAGAAGCAGCAGAGCCGGGUCACGGAGCAGGACAAGGCCAUCCUGCAACUGAAGCAGCAGCGGGAUAAGCUGAAGCAGUACCAGAAGAGGAUCACCCAGCAGCUGGAGCGGGAGCGGGAGAUUGCCCGGCAGCUCCUGCGCGACGGCAGGAAGGAACGGGCCAAGCUGCUGCUCAAGAAGAAGCGAUACCGGGAGCAGCUCCUGGACAAGACAGAAAACCAGAUCACCAGCCUAGAGACCAUGGUCCAGAGUAUUGAGUUCACCCAGAUUGAAAUGAAGGUGAUCGAGGGGCUGCAGUUUGGAAAUGAGUGUCUGAAUAAGAUGCACCAGGUGAUGUCCAUAGAAGAGGUGGAGCGGAUACUGGACGAGACGCAGGAGGCCGUGGAGUACCAGCGGCAAAUAGAUGAGCUGUUGGCAGGAAGCUUCACUCAGGAGGACGAAGAUGCCAUCCUGGAGGAGCUGGACGCAAUCACUCAGGAACAGAUAGAGCUGCCAGAGGUUCCUUCAGAGCCCCUUCCUGAAAAGAUCCCAGAGAAAGUCCCCGUCAAGGCCAGGCCCCGACAGGCGGAAGUGGUGGCAGCCUCGUAACUUGUGUGGGAGUCACAGGGAUUCCAGAGGCCUGGGGCCCACAGAGUUUGGGUGCGUGUCCGGCCCUGACCGGGCUCCCAGGAGGCUGGCGCCGGGCCAGGUGGGCCGGGAGCUGCCGGAGCAGCACAGCACACACAGGGCUCCUGACCAGGGUGACUCUACGGAGCGUUUCCCUGGCGCUGCUGUCUUGCUGUCGUUUCUGGAUUAAAUGGCAACAUUCAAACUCUCCAGCCAAA